GUGAGGGAAGUGUUUGAGCCGGCCUGGGGGGGUGGGGGAACUCAGCAGCAGUAGCGCCCCCCGGCCGGGCAGGGGGAAAUUUACCUUGACUGUUGGCACAUGUUUACUUACUUGGAUAUCUGAAUGGUGGUGGUUUUGCUCUUUGAGAAACUUCUCCUUCCAUCCCAUGCAGCUAUCCCCAUGCUCCAUGUGUGUGACUGGUGCCCAACGCAAUGUGUGUUUGUCAAACCAUGGAGGUGGGGAAGCAUGGCAAGAACACAACCCACGCAGGAGGCAGAGGGGUCCUACUGGAGCCUUUCAUUCAUCAGGUGGGCGGCCACAGCAGCAUGAUGCGGUAUGAUGACCACACAGUGUGCAAGCCUCUUAUUACCAGAGAACAGCGCUUCUAUGAGUCCUUGCCUCCAGAAAUGAAAGAAUUCACACCUGAAUACAAAGGUGUGGUGUCUGUCUGUUUUGAGGGAGACAGCGAUGGCUACAUUAACCUGGUAGCAUACCCCUAUGUGGAGAGCGAAGCCUUGGAGCCAGAUGAUGUGCCAGAAAGGGACCAGCCACGUCGUAAACAUUCUCGCAGGAGUCUCAACAGGUCAGGCAGCACCAGUGAGCACAAAGAGGAAAAAGCAGGGCUGGCCUGUGACAACUCAGAAAGCAACCAAGAGAUGAAGAGCCUCAAGAUGCACCUCCAUUCAGAUGUUCCAUUUCAGAUGCUUGAUGGAAAUAGUAGCCUGAGUUCUGAACAUAUCACCUAUAAUCCAUGGAGUCUGCGUUGCCACAAGCAACAGCUGAGCCGUAUGCGUUCAGAGUCCAAGGAACGAAAGCUCUACAAAUUCCUCUUGUUGGAGAAUGUCGUACAUCACUUCAAAUUUCCCUGUGUGCUUGAUCUGAAAAUGGGGACCAGACAGCAUGGAGAUGAUGCAUCUGAAGAGAAGGCUGCUCGACAGAUGAAAAAGUGUGCACAGAGCACCUCAGCCUCACUUGGUGUAAGAGUUUGUGGAAUGCAGGUAUACCAGUUGGAUACAGGACAUUAUUUGUGCAGGAAUAAAUACUAUGGCAGGGGCCUUUCCACUGAGGGUUUUCGCAAUGCUCUCUACCAGUAUCUGCACAAUGGUAUACAGCUACGAAAGGACCUCUUUGAGCCCAUCCUUAGCAAACUGUACAGCCUGAAAGCUGUACUGGAGAGGCAGGCCUCUUAUCGCUUCUACUCCAGCUCCUUGCUUAUCAUCUAUGAUGGGAAGGACAAUUGGUCUGAGACAUAUAUGGAGCGCAGAACAGAAAUGCGCCUGAAGCAAGUGGACAUCUCUCUCCCAGAGAGUCUACAGGAUGGCAGCAGCACAGAAUCCAUCACCUUCCAGCCCAAGGUGGAUGUGCGUAUGAUUGACUUUGCGCACAGCACAUUCAAAGGUUUUCGGGAUGAUCCCACUGUGCACGAUGGCCCUGACAUGGGUUAUGUGUUUGGUUUAGAGAGCCUUAUCAACAUAAUUGAACAGAUGCAAGAUGAAAACAAGUAACCUUGGGUUGAACUCUUUAAUUUUGUCUCCCCACUGAUUGGAACAGACAGGACUAUUGCUCCUUCAGAGAAAGCAAACUUAACUGCUCUGAAAAAAGUAUCGUUCCAGUGUUUUUAACUACAUGGAAGGACAUAAUUUUCUGGAUGAGCCAGUCAAAUAUGGCUUUGACUAUCCUGGCCCAGAUGCUUUUCAGGAGACAUACAUCCCAUGGACUCCUGCAUUAGGCAUUAGUGUCUGAGGCUGGCAUUUAUUGUGCAGCCCUUUGAUCAUGUCCGUGUUAGGAAUGGAGACUUUAACCCCGUGGGAAAGAAGAGGAGUGAUGUUUAGGGUUGUAGAUUUGGGGAUUCCACUCUCCUCCUUCCUUGUCAACCUUUCAUUGAGGUACUGCAACCUGAACCUCUCUCGUGUUUGAAAAGGGCAUUCAGAUCCAAACUAACAUUAUUUAUGGGGCUCAUAGAGGCACACGGUUUGCACACAUCCUCUCUGCUAUUGCUGCCCCUGUGCAGGUUUAGGAGUCUCUUUAGGAGAGUACAGUAGGUACUACGUUUAUUUUCUCUAGUCUGAGUAAUAAUUCCAACUUGGAAAAUAAAUUCCGACUUGGAAAACAAAUGACCAAAGGAAAGCCACAGCAGUGCUUGAUGGCUUUGCUUUGUAUUCCAUGUGUGAGGAUUGCCUAUAUUCCCUCACCAUUCCCCAGAGCUGAGAUAAAAACUCUCCAAAUUCCAGAAAGGCCUGGUCAAGGUCACACAAUAUUGACUUGAUCUCUAACUUCAUGUGAGAGUUCAGCUAGAUAAAGACAAUAUUAAUAGCACAUUUAAUCUGGUCCCAUGCCAUUUUUCUGGGACUAAUUCAGGUCACUCUUCCUAUCCUGCCCUUUUACCUUAUGUUGAUCCAGUGAUGUAUUUGCCAACCUCAAUCAAAUCCAAGCAUUUCAGUGCAGAAACUGUAAUUUUCCCUUUUUUUGCUUUCCAAAUCAGAUUUUCUAGUGAGCUGUACCCUUCUGCACAUGUUUCAACCACAGUAGUAGUUGAUAAAAAGAAAGUAGGCACCUGCAUUUUCAAAUGUUGAUCCCCGUUGCAGAAGAAAGUAUCAUCAACCUGGCUUGAACAGUGGCUUCACUGCUGAAUGUGCUUGAUUUUGCCUCAGGGAGUUGGCAUUUGCUGGCCUUUUUCCUGUGAAUGGUGACUAGUUGUGAAUGCAUCUGGGCCAGAUUCUGCCCCCAUGUUUCUGUUGUGUGGAGUGGCUGUGUUAAUCCAAUGACGGUCCUGAGUGCUCCUCCCUUGGACUUUGAAAGCUGUCUCCUCCUGGUUAGAGACAGCCCUGUCCUAGACAAAAUGCACUAGCUCUUUGAAAUACAGAUUGUUGGGAAGAGAGUUGCUACUAUACAGAACUGAUAUCAAGGCAUUAAAACUGAGGAAAGUUGUCUUAUGGUGGAUGUCUUAAGAUAGGACAAGAAAGCUCCUUGAUGUGCUGAUUCUGUGCCUCCUUUUCUGGGUGGUAUGGCCUUUAUAGGUCAGUUUUCGAAAGUAUUGUUGACACUUAUUAAGCCGGUAUUGGAGGUUGAGGAGGUGGUUAGCUAUUGCCAGUAUGUGUCUGCAAGAGCAAAUUCGCUAACCCUAUUCUGUGUGUUCUGUAAGCCUGGUGGAAGAACCACCUCUGCAUUGACCAAUUCAGCACUAGUCUAAGAUCUUGCUGCUUCUAGGGGAAGCUACUAUAAUGAGGGACAUUUUAUACUUGGAACAGGGUAGUGCAGUUUUUCCAGCAUUACCUUUGAUUCCUAGAACUGAAGGGAAAAGCUAGAGCCUGCACAGUGUUGCUAGACUUUGUUGAGCCUUGCUUUUGAAAGCUUUAUGUUAAGUAUGAGGCAUCAUAAAUUGCUUGUUGAACAGCAUCCUUCAAGAUUGCCCUGAAGGGUUUGGACUGUAAGGAAUUGUUAAUCCCUCCAUCACGUCAAUAACAAUGAGAAGAGUAUAGACAACCACUCUACCCAGUUUCCUUCCUGUUCUACUGAUUGCUUUGUUUUAUAAUCUUUAAAAAAAAACCUCUGGACCAUUCAAACGUUCCCAUAAGUUUCAGAGCUUGUAAAUAGCAUUUUUCCUUGUUGUCAGGUUUUGUUUUAUAAAGAUAGUAAUUCUGUUUAAGCUCUAUAAGGAACCAAAAAUAUUAAAGGAUGUGAGUUUUUCAGUUUUGUAGUAUUGUGGUUAAUUUACAGACAGUGUAACUACAAAGCACAGUGUUGUUCAAUAGCAAUAAGCCUUCCAAGUUCAUUUUUUUAAAAUUUCAAGGUGAGCAAAAAGACAUAGUUCUGACUGUUGUUUGAACCAGUUUCUUGCAUGUCUGAAAGGGUUUGCUUUCAAACAUAUUGAGUACCAAUGAAACCAGUUCGUAUAAUUUGAGUUUCUGUUAGGCAUAUACCCUUACAUAGCCUCUUACAGAUCAUUGUGGAAGGAGUAUGUAUUUGGUUGGGUUUUCUUUGGGUGGGUGGGGGGAAUGCAUGAGCACAGGCGGCCUGUCAGUACUAGAGAAGUAGAAAUUGUGAUGUACUGGCAAAGCUGCACAAGGAAGCAUCUGCAGGGCUUGUUUGGAAAGUACCAUAUUGUCAGGGCAAAUGAAUUCAACUGAAUCUUAUCUUGCUAGUUACUUCUGACCCAUUCCUUUGACCAUGCAGCAGCUUUACAUUUGCCUUGAACUUGAAAGCAACUCUGCACUGUGAACAUGUCUGCUAAAUUGCACCACAGAAAUGUGGACAAGGUAGAAGGCAGAGUAUUUGUCUUCAGAAGCGCUCUUCGCAUGUGAGGGAUGUGGCUCAGUCCAUACAGAAACAUAUGGAAUUCCUCUAAAAUUUCCAAGCAGAUGGUAUAGUUUAUCAUUCUUGAUUGUAAUGCAUGUUUCCAACUCGUUUGAUUGCCCGAGAGGAAGAUACCUAGAAUCUGAAGCAGUAGAUCAGUGAUGUGCAAGUACUCUCCCUCGUCUCUUUUGCCUUGAAACAAAGGAAAUGCAGUCGGCCCAAAGCAAAGCUAGCUUAGCCUUUGUCUUUUGUAUAGUAUUCUGUGACCUACUCCGUUUUGUUAUAUUAAUAGGGCAACAUAUUUGCUAAGUAAGAACCCAGCAUUUGUGGUUAAUGCUGCAGCCUUCCUUACUAUCCAGGUGACUGUCAUUGGUCACAUUUGUGGCAAUCUGCCCUUCUCUCCUUUGUUCUACCUCAGUAUCUAAGAGAAAAUCCUUCAAGACGGUUGUCAGGACUCUUAUGCCUGUAGGGAUGUUGCCAUAGAACUCGAAGCUGUAUUUCAUAUGUUACCUAGAACCCGUUUGCUGAAGAACUAGUUUGCUCAAUAUGACAUUUGGUUAAUUUUGAACUAUAAACUUAAAAAUAAAGCCAGUUGUCCCCUUGCUCCUGUAGCUCUAACAAGUUGUUAGAGCUUUUUAGGGCAAUUCUUAUCUCAUCACAAGGAAGUGAGAAUAUAAUCAGCCCUGUGUUAAAUUGCCUCUAGGAUGGAUGAAGACAGCCUGAUCUUAGUAAAGGGGGUGCUGCCCAACAAAGCCAUUUUGCAUGCAUUUAUACAUUCAGGUCCUCUUCUGGAGGCUUGUGUAAGUAAUCCUUCCAGUCUGUUCCUGUUUGUUGCCCUUUACAGCUUGCUGACACUUUAUGCCCAGGUGUGUGGAUUCCUGUAGCAGAAUUUUGCACGUACUGUGUUGUUGCCUUCAUGUAGGUGAUCAGCUUCUCAGCCUUCUGGAAUACAUAGCCAGCUAUCUCUCUAGCAAUACAUAGGAACAGCUAGAUUUGUUACAUGAACCCAGAAGGGGUUCCCUUAUCUUACCAGUAAGGUCCAGGGAGCGGUUUGCUGGACAGAUACUCUUGUAUUUAAGAGCACACCAGAGGAGGACUGUGGGCUCUAUACCUUUUGUAUUGGAGGUGGCAACUGCUGCCUUAAAAGCUUUUCUUCCUCUCCUCUGUUAGAGGUUACUACUGCACUGUGCUUUUUGUUAAUAACUGAUCUUGCCCUUUCAGCUGGAACAGGAGCCACCUUCUCUUUUUUCUAGCACCUUCAUAGCCUGAAUCUGCUGCAUGAUCUAACAUACCAGUUCAGUUACUUCCCUAUGAAGGAUGGAGUGUUGCACUUCGGAUAAUGUUCAGUCCAGUGGUCCCAAAGAAGGCCUUCUGUGUGAUAUAGGAGAGAGUUGCCAUCUAAAUUUGACUUGCUAUAUAUGUUUCUACACCAUAUGGAAGAAAAAGUUAACCUGGCUUCUGUUGAAAACUGGUGAAGAGACAAGAGUAUCAUUUUAAUGUCUGUGGUCCUGCCUUCAUGCCUGCGUCUGUCCUUCCACAUGGAUCUUGUCCCUCCACAGAGGACCAAAUCAUUUCAGUGCCCACUUGAGUGGCUGCUGGGCUAAAUUAAGUGGUGUAGUUUUAGAAGGCCAAUAACAAUAGUUCCUGCUGGGGGAAGGAGCUUUAGUUAGCCAAUAUCUCAUUGAGAGCAACACCAGCAACUUGCCAUGAGCCCUUGGAGUACACCAGUCUAUACACUCUGCUGCUAUUGGUAUGUAAUGUGGAGCAGCAAUCUGUAGGCAUAUGCCAGUGCAGGUAACCUGCUUUAUUGCUUGCUGUAAAUAGGUCUCCACAGAACAUAACCUCUUGGAUUUAACAGAAAAAGCAAUUUUUGUCUUUCAUGGAGUACAUCUGAGGGUGGAAGGGGAGAGAGUAUUUUGCUUGUUUUAUACUUAAGUCUGGAAAAAGUCAUCCUACUUGAGUUCAGACUUUAGUUGUAUUUGUACUAUUAUUGCAUGCUUAUCUCAGGAGUAAAAUGUUUGUUUUUUAUACUUCAAAAAGUCUAGGCACAAAUUUGUCUCUAUGAGAACUGCUUGAAAUGGAAGAAGUGUUGCUGUGAUCAGGGAGCGCAGUUGCACCCUAGAAGAGAGGUUCCCAGCUGUCCUUUCUGACUUGUUUUGGGAGGGAUACAGCAUCACAUUACAAAUUUCUUAUAUAUUUUUCAGUUUCAGUGCCAUUUUGUUGGGCCAAGUCAAGCUUUUGGGCAUGAGAAAUAUCAGUAUCUGUACUCAUACACUGCACUCUUGGCUCUGUGGUUGUGUAUAAAGUUAUAUGUGUAUAUAAAUAAACUACCAGACAUAUA